AUGAUCCCCACACUCCUUACCGUCUUCCGCCGCGACUGCAAUGGCGAUGAAACCAUGUCCAGCUGCACAAAGCCCACCAGCGCAGCAGUGACUAUCGGCAUUCCCGCCGCCAUAUCAGGGGUUCUCCUCCUAACUGCCAUUAUUGUCCUGAUAAUCCUUUACCACAAGCGCAUGCGCCGUGAUAACCGCGAAGACCUAGAAGACCGACAACGCGACUCAGGCUUCUAUGCUCGCUACGCGACGCAGCGAUUCGGCACUGAGGGAGCUCCACCAUCGAAUGGACGGGCUUAUGCUUCUGAGUCGCGGCGUAGCUCUGGCGACUCGAUCUUUGACUUUAAGCAGGAUCAUGGACCCUAUCACCUCGCCCAGUUCCCGAGUCCCGAGGCGCCGAAGCCCGUGGCUACUAGGGUUGUCUCCUAG